UUUCACCUGGACAAGUUUGUCAGGAAAUGUCAGACAUGUAAAGGGAAACAGGUCACAUGAAAAUAUCGUUACACUCUCCGGAAAAAAAGGGAACUCGACUCCACGUCCUGCCGUGUUCACCACAACACUCCGGGUGAAAAUAACCACUCCUACAAAUGCAGCAGCAGCUGAGACACCAAUGCCCGUCCUCUACAACAAAUCCUUCAAGAAGCUUCCAAAGUGGGAUUUUGAGGAUGUUUAUAACCAGGAUGGCCGUCCUGGACAGAGAACCUGUCCCCAGUCUCUGAGAAACUCGAAGGACGAGAGCUUCAAGAAGGCUUUUCUUCCCAACAUACGUUUGUUUCUGCACAAAGACAACAUCAACAUGAGUGAAUGGAACCGACUUUCACAUUUUAACAAUCCUUUUGGUUUUAUGGAGUUGGAGUACGACGAUGUGAUGCCUUCACUGAAGCUGAUUCCAAAGCCAACAGAGCCUCUGCUCCUUUCAAAACCAGGAGGUGAUGGCUGUGUGCGCUGUGCCGUGGUUGGUACCGCAGGAAUCCUCAGUGGCUCCAAAGUCGGUGCAGAGAUCGACUCUCAUGAUUAUGUUUUCCGGAUGAACGGGGCCUUGACCAAGGGUUAUGAGGAAGACGUAGGAAACAGAACAUCUGUGUACGUUCACACGGCCCACUCCAUCACCACAUCGCUUAUUUUACUGACGGAGUACGGCUACACGUCUGCCCCUCAUGAUGAGGUAUUGAAACCUGUGUGA